CCCCCCCCCUCCCCUCCCCGGCCGCCGCCAUGUUGGAUGGUGCGUGUGGGUGUCAAACCCAGCCAGAGGCGGCGGCGGCGGCCGGGUACCGGGACAUCCCCCUCCGCGUCUCCCGCGGUCCUUUCCCCGCUCCUCCCGCACCCUCCGCCAGUACCUUUGCUGCUACAGAUUGGGCCUGGGUAGUCAGUGUGCUGCGUUAUAUGAAGCAUUAUUGUUGUGGUGAAGUGUAUUGAAACAAGAAUUAUCGCAGGCUACCCACAAUGGAAGUUUCCUAUUUUAAAGCCGUAAGGCAUAUUGAUAAUGUUUGGUCUCGGUUUUAUUUGGCCAAGAGGUUGAGCUAAGUAGCGUUGGAUAAUAUUUGGGCAAGAAAAGUCCUAUCUGCGAGUUACUUGGUGGUCCUGUCCUAAUAGGAGAAGAGAUAUCCGAGACCUGGCUGUCGAGUAGCCUCGAUGGUCAUGAUUUUCAUUUUCUCAUGUCAUUCUCUUGAAGAGAGGAAAUGAUUGUAGUGGAACGUGUUACAAAUAAGCAACUGAUACGGAGCCUUCGCAGUUUGGAAACGUUCAUAGAAGAGCAAAUAUAGCUCUUUUUGUUUGUGUUCUGGUAUCUGUCUUGUUAAAAAGGGAAAAAGGGAAAUAAAAAUGACGACUUCGUCAAUUAGACGGCAGAUGAAGAACAUUGUGAACAAUUACUCAGAGGCCGAAAUAAAAGUUCGGGAAGCGACCUCUAAUGACCCCUGGGGUCCCUCAAGUUCAUUAAUGACUGAAAUAGCAGAUCUGACUUACAAUGUUGUGGCCUUUUCUGAAAUUAUGAGCAUGAUCUGGAAACGACUGAAUGACCAUGGCAAGAACUGGCGACAUGUAUACAAGGCCCUUACUCUGUUAGAUUACCUGAUUAAAACUGGUUCUGAGAGAGUGGCGCAGCAGUGUAAAGAGAAUAUUUUUGCUAUCCAGACAUUAAAAGAUUUUCAGUAUAUUGAUCGAGAUGGUAAGGACCAGGGCAUCAAUGUGAGGGAGAAAUCCAAGCAGCUAGUGUCUCUUCUGAAGGAUGAUGAGCGACUCAAGACAGAGAGGGCCCAAGCCCUGAAGACCAAAGAACGCAUGGCUCAGGUGGCCACUGGAGUGGGUAGCAAUCAGAUCACCUUUGGCCGAGGCUCCAGUCAGCCAAACCUAUCCACCAGCUACUCGGAGCAAGAAUAUGGAAAGUCUGGAGGAUCCCCAGCAUCUUACCAUGGCUCUACGUCCCCUCGAGUUUCCUCAGAGCUCGAGCAGGCCCGGCCUCAGACAAGUGGAGAAGAGGAGCUCCAACUGCAGCUCGCGCUGGCAAUGAGCCGGGAAGUGGCGGAGCAGGAGGAGCGCCUCAGACGCGGAGAUGAUCUGAGAUUACAGAUGGCUCUGGAGGAGAGUCGCAGAGACACAAUUAAAAUUCCCAAAAAGAAGGAGCAUACCACUUUGUUGGACCUAAUGGAUGCCCUGCCCUCAUCGGCACCGGCCCCACAGAAAACGGAGCCUUGGGGACCUCCUGCUGUUGCAAACCAAACUGAUCCCUGGGGAGGAUCCACAGUUGCAGCUACUGCCUCUGACCCAUGGCAAUCAUUUGGUGCCAAACCAGCUGCUUCUGUUGACCCUUGGGCAGCACCUGCAGGAUCCACAGCUCAGUCUCUGUCCAAAAAUGUUGACCCUUGGGCUCCUGCUCAGCCAUCUUCUACUGCAGCAAAAUCCUCUGUGGAUCCUUGGGGACCAGCACCUGCAAACAAACCUCUCUCUACUUCUGGAAGUACAUCUUUUGACCUCUUCAGUAAUUUGAAUGGUACAGUUAAAGAUGAUUUUUCUGAAUUUGACACACUUCGAACUUCCAAAAAGCCAGCUGAAUCCGGUUCCACUUUGCCAUCUCAGCAUAGCGGUACCACAAGUCCUGAUCUCUUUGAUUCCCAGCACUCAAGCAUGACAUCAGGCAAACAAAGUGCAGCUCGGAAAACCCCUGAGUCUUUUUUGGGCCCCAAUGCUGCUUUGGUGAACCUGGAUUCACUGGUGUCUAAGCCACCACAGCCUGUUACUUCACUGAAUCCAUUCUUGGCACCAGGCGCUGCUACAGCACCAACUCCAAUCAACCCCUUCCAAGUGAAUCAGCCUCAGCCACUCACUCUAAAUCAGAUGAGAGCGAGUCCUGUGAUGGGAACCAGCCCUUCUUUCAGUGCUGUGCCACCGAUAAGCAUGGAGCCAAUACCUCUGUCUUCCAUGGCCCCAGUGCCUGUGGGAAUGGCACCGAUACCAGCUAUGGGCACUGUGGCUUCUAUAACAAGGAUGGGCCAGGGGCUGAAUGUGAGCAUUGCAGGAUCAAUGACCCAACCUCUUCACAGUACAGGAAUCCCGCCGUCAGCAUCCCAGUCUACAAAUACAACUAACCCUUUUCUCCUAUAAAGACCCAAUUAAAGGAACUUUCUUUUCAUAGUGUUUCCAGGCUGAAGUCUUUACAGCAAAAUGAACGUGGCCUGUGUGGACUGAACGGUGUGUAAGAGACUUGGAAGUAGAUUUGCAGUUUACAGUUAUGAUCUUUGAAGAGUUGUCUCUACUUACCAGUUAAUCUAAAUCUAGUCUUUGCUACAGAUGGUACCUUACUUUGGCUUGUUGAGCAUUAUGUGAAAUGUUCAGACUUUUCACCAAAGUUAGAUUCUGCCCAUUUUGUUACUUUGUUAAUCAUUUCAAUACACUUUCUAGGGAGAACCUGCCAUUUUAAACUCCGUUGGCUAUUUUGUAGAUGUCAGAUGAUGUGCUGGAUCCCGAAAUUACUAUUUACCUGCAUCUGUCACUUCCUAUGCCCAUAUGAUAGACCUGAGAUUCAGAGUGCUAGUGAAUGUUUUGCACAUAACUAUACACAGUUCUAGACUGUUGGUUCACCCAUAGUCCUUACUCUUAGAAGAGAACGAUUCGGAGGGCCCAGGUGGCUGGUUUUUAUGCAUUAAACAUUGCAACGCAAAAUCGCACGCUUUCGUAUCAGAGGUUUGACUGAGAAAGCAAGCUUGUCUCAAAAGGAAAAAAAAAACCACAGACAAAAAACCCAAGAACAUUCUCAAGUUGUCAAGUAUAACGUGUGCUGUUGUAUGCAGUGUUGAAUUUGUACACUACUCUCUAAGGACUCCUGAGGAACUCUCUGUGAGUGGCAUGCUGCACUCGUGCUGAGUGAGUGUCCUGCUCUGUGCUUGUCCAGUACCAGCUUCGUUUGGAAGUUAUCAUACGUAUUUUGUUUUUAUUUGACUUACAAUGUGAGUUGAAAGAAAAAAGAAACACAGUGGGACAACUUUGAAUUAAAUUUCACCGGGGCAAGCUUUAAAACUAAUUCAGGCUUAACCUUGCUAUAUGCAGUUACUCUUGUAUACUUUUGCACAUAUUUUGUUUAGUACAGUUUCAUAUUUGAGUUUGCAGAGUUACCUAAUAGUCCUUUUUUUGCUAAUUUUUAUAAUGUGGUUCUUAUUUAACUGUCUGGUUUUGAUAGAUUUAUCAAGUCUGGCUGAAAAAUUAAGAUAUUGGCAAAUGUCAUUUUUAUGGUUUUAAUGCCCUCUUAUUUAUGGUUUUAGCUCUUUGUUUCUGUAAAGAGAGUUUAAAAGGGAAGAUUAACACUAAAAUAUUUACUUUUAAAUGAAGUAUUCAUAAUGCAAAUCAAAACAAGAUCUCGUGACUAAUUAUUUUUAGAUGAAUUGAAUUUGAGCAUAACAUGAUUUAAGACUACAUUAAAAAGAAAAAACACUAAAGUCGCCUUUCCCUUGAUUUGUUCCCGCUUUCCGAUUACCAAAAUGGACAGAUGUUUAGCCUUUACAAAGAUCAGAAGAGAGGCUGUUUUUUCUUGUAAUACUUCUUGAGAUGUUAAAAAUUCUAAUGUACAAGCACGACUCAUUAAUUUUAUUGACUAAUUUUUCUUAAUGAAAGGUGCACACCAUAUUAAUAACCAGUUCCAUUUACAACUAUUAAUUGUAAGCUGAACUGUGCAUUUUAACUUGCAUGUCUGGACUCAUCGGCACUAAACCACGCUCAGGUUUCAGCCAGCGUUUCUGGUGGAAACCUGGCCUUCUCAAAGAUGGCAACGUUUCUGAGCUCUGCUUUCACAAGCAACGCCAGCGUCCGCAGAGCAUGUGGAAAGGGAUGUCCCAGUGCUUGCUACUGCCUUGAGGGCAUCUCUGAAUGAACUGAUGCAUCUUGGUGGCCUUUCCCUAAUUAGAAGGAGGGGAAAAAAAACCAAAAAAACAAAGAAGCUGAAAGAAAUUGCCAGAGUUGUGCGUUCUGGUGUAAUGAUGCUGUGUGGGACUGUGCCAGUCUCGGGUCGUGUGCCACAGGAAGGAGGGACUGGCUAAUGUAGAAGGGACUGGGUUAUAUCUUUUGGUGGGUAGGGGAGGCUGAAAGACUAUCAAAUCUAGGGUACAAUCACAGAUUUUAGCUGUGUAGGUCAGUGUAGCUCUAUUAGUAUAUGGAAUGCUAAAUGUGUGGAUGUUUCUAUGCAGAUUGUUCUAUCCUCUUGAAUACUAUCGGAUUUGCAAGUAGGAUUCAGAAUAUUCAUCUGCUCUUGUUUUUAUAUAGGAGGAAAGUUACUGUCCACACCCAGUAUGUCUUUAAAAAAACAAAACAAAAAACCAUUCAUGUUGCCUUUCAGAAUAAGGAAAAAUACUUUACUUUUUUGUUGUUGUUGAAGUUAUUGAAACGUGUAGACCAGGAAGGGUGUGAUUCUUGCAGAUGGGGGGGGGAAGUGCUUUCCAAUUGAUCUGUGGCAAGAUUUAUCUGUCAUUAUUUUUCCAAUUUAAUUUUAUCAACAGUGGAAUUGAGGUCACUUGAUGUUUUUCCCGUAGUCUGUCACCUGAGUGCAUUUGCAACAGUUAGAUGGGGCAUUGUCUAUUCAGCCAAAAAGUUCUAACCGCAUCCUCUCGUUAAACACUAGGUAACUGUUUUUGGAGGCAAGAUGGGGUUGAUAGUAAGUAUUUAAAACAAUGAAGUCAUCUGCAGUUCAGAGUCACGAUCUGUCACCAUGAAUUGAUAAAAAUGUGCUGUUUGUCUGGUAGGGAGCCCUAGCUUAAUGAAACUGCUGAAUGGCAAAUUGUUGCUUUUACCAAGCCACUUCUGUAAGAGCUGUAUUACUUUUACAUUAUAUAUAUAUAUAUAUAUACAUACAUACAUACAUAUAUCGCACAAUAAGCCAUGACAAGGCACUCUGAAGAGCGAUCAGCCCAGACUGUGGUGCUGUAAAGCAUUAGGCUAAGGACAAACCGUGCCGAGAUUCCCAGCCUGACGUGGGGGUUGUGGCAGGAGCCGAGUUCAAGACGGUAAGCAGCUGAUUUGGUGAAUCUGCUUGGUUCCUGGGGUGGAGACGUGCCCGUGUCUCAAGUAUCACGCAGGCGUGGGGUGCUGUAGCAGUGACGCUGAACGGUGGUUGCUGUCCUAGCCAGGUGAAGCUUCAGUUGUGUCCAGAAUGGUAAAUCUCUUUUUGCGAUAAUUUAACUGCUCUCCAGAAUAAUUCUUCCUCCCUCCUUGCCCUCCCACUUCUUUUUGCAUGGAGGACGUGUGCAUAUCCGAUCACAUCUGCUCUGGCGUAUUUCUCCAAAUGCAUUUCCCUCUUCCCCUUCUUUUCUCACUUGCAAAUAUUAAAAGUGCUUUUGAUUUUUAAAAUGUUAGUAUCCCAAAAUAGCCUUACUGGUCAAAUUGACCAAAGAUAAAGUGUUAAAUAUUUUGUAAAAAAAAAAAUAAAAAAAAUCUUGGCAUAAUUUUAAACCCAAAAUAAGCUCAGUUAUUUAUUCAGUUUUAUACUAUAUAGAAACUAAACUACAUGGAGGGGACAGGGAAGGAAAACCAUGGUGGGUUGUGGUGUUUACAGUCUUUUUGAAGUCCCGUAGCUAAGACAACUAUUGUUAUCCAUCUUCCCUUUUGCUGUUACGGUUUCUAAUGUGUACUGUAUGUAUUAAUAUUGCACAAAUUGUGGAGAAAUAUAUGGUUUAUUUUUCACAGCGGAAUCUCACAAGACUCGCUUCCUUUACAAGUGUUACAAUUUAAAUAUUUACCAAACUGUUUUCAUAAUACUGGGAGCCGGCUGCUUUUUAUGAAUUUGUGCUGACUAUUGACAUUAUUUACUGUAUAAAUAAUUUAUCAUUUGUACUAUUGUAUCAUAAUGUCUGUAUCUUUGUGUCAUUUUUCCCAAGCGAUGUCACAAAUGUGAUAUUUAAUAAUGCCAUCAGAACAGUGGAAAGACAAGGGGUUUGUAGGUGACUGGUCAGAAUUAAAAUUGUAUUGCUUAUAUUCCAGCUGUGUUGCUUUUUCAAGACUCUGCGUAGUGUUUAUAAUCCCAUUCAAAAAACUGUCACUGCCAUGCUUGAUUUAGUUUUCGAGAAAGUUGAUGGAUUGGUUGAGAUGAUCUAAGGUUUGUGCUAAAAGUCCUAGGUGCUAGGAGGAAUCUAACCGUUAUUGAGAGUAAUGCUUCUUGUACAUUGUCAAUGUGAUUUCUUCGAUGCAUUCAUCACUUUCCUGGGGCAGGCCUGCUCUUACUAUGAGAAAGGAGGGUUUCUAUAGAUCACUUAAAUCGGAAUCAGUUGAGACCUUACUAACUCAAUAAAAAUGAAGACUUGUUGUGUUGCA